CGGGCGAGAUGAGGAUGCCGCCAAGGCCUUUAACGGCGUUCUGAACGUCAAUCUUCAUGAGCCCCAUAAUGAGGAAUGGGAGGUCUUCAAGGCAAAUGUCAGACAGCGAAUGUCGGAUCCACCCUUUUACCACAACUGGACGGAAGGCGAACAGGUGGACGUCCAUGCUGGCAUGAUAUAUGAUGCCAUAAUGUUGUAUGCGCAUGCGCUUAAUGACGUCAUUGAAGAAGGCGGGAACGAGUUUGAUGGUCAGCGUAUUGCCAGGCAAAUGUACAAUAAAACUAUCAAAGGUAUAACCGGGGUAGUAUCUAUCGAUGAGAUUGGCAACCGUAAUCCGGACUACAGUUUACAGUUUAUAAAAGACGGUAAACUUAUAGUCUUUGCCGACUACUUCUAUCACAAAGACAACUUCACCACAUACAGCGACGUUGAAGUGGUAUUCCCGGGGGGAAAGACAACCCCACCCUUAGACCACCCGCCCUGUGGCUGGAAGAACGAAUUGUGUGUGGAAGAAAAGACAAACUUCACAGUUUACAUCGUGGUGCCGUGUGUAUUGGCUGCUAUUCUCACCGCAGUGAUCUGCUUGGCCCUGUUUUACCACAGAAAAUUGAAAUUCGAGAGAGAGCUGAGUUUGGAGACCUGGAGAAUACACUCUAAGGAUCUGACCAUCAUAUCAAAGCGGCAGGCUUUCGGCAGUCGGGGCCAAUACGUAGCUUUAAAACUCCUCAGGAAAAAUGACAUCAAAAUUGACAGGGACGUACUGAUAGAAUUCCAGCAAGUACGAGAAUUGAACCACGACAACCUGAAUUCAUUUAUUGGCGCAUGCUUGGAACCGCCACAAUUAUUCAUAGUCAGUGCUUACGCCAACAAGGGUAGCCUGCAAGACGUACUGGAAAACGACGAUAUACAACUGAACGACAAUUUUAAAAUUUCCCUUGCUACGGAUAUCUGUAAGGGACUAAUCUACCUCCACAAGAGUCCGCUGCGUGUCCAUGGUCGCCUUAAGAGUUCCCACUGUGUUGUGGACAGCCGCUGGGUGUGUAAACUCACAGACUAUGGCCUAUGGAAGUUAAGACUUGGAGAAGAGGCAACCACAGACACGUACAAAAAAUAUGCAUCUCUUCUGUGGACAGCACCGGAACUCUUGCGCAAUACCAGUCCUGAAUGUUGCGGUACCCAGAAAGGCGACGUGUACUCCUUUGGCAUCAUACUUCAGGAGAUCGUCCUACGAGGUGGACCAUAUUGUACGGAGAGCGACUUAGAACCAAGAGGUGAAGUGAAGGUGCAUGUGCAUGUACGCCAACUAGGUUUCCUACCACCAUCUUAUAUGUAUAAGAAAGCUGCUCCACCAUGUGUAUUAACUACUCCAGUGCGAAAACGUGCUCUUUCAGGCAUAGUAACACUUGUCAAGGAGGGUAUCCGUCCAGUGUACCGUCCCAAAGUUCCUCAGGAGUCAUGUUCUGCAGCCAUGUAUUCUCUGAUGAACCUCUGCUGGCAGGAAGGUCCUGCGUCCAGACCCAGUGCCGAGGAAAUCCUGAAGAAGCUCAAAGAAGCCAACGGAGGGAGGUCUUUGCAUUUCAUUGACAACAUGCUGGAGUUAAUGGAACAAUACGCCAACGAUCUCGAAAUCGUCGUGCAACAAAGAACCCAGCAACUCGUGGACGAGAAGAAGAAAACUGACGCCUUGCUCUAUCAAAUGUUACCUAGAUCCGUGGCAGAAGAACUCAAGCUUGGCAAGCCGGUCCAUCCCGUGGCCUUCCAGGAAGUAACAGUCUAUUUCUCAGAUAUUGUGGGGUUUACGAAGUUGGCCUCAGAGAGUACACCACUGGAGGUUGUGAUGUUACUGAACGACCUGUACACCUGUUUCGAUGCCGUGAUAGACAACUACGACGUCUAUAAGGUAGAAACGAUAGGAGACGCCUACAUGGUCGUUAGCGGGCUACCUCAUCGUAACGGGCACCAGCAUGCCGGGGAGAUAGCCACCAUGUCCCUGGACAUUCUCAGUUCUCUCUCCGGGUUCAAGAUCAAGCACAGGCCCGGGAAGCAGUUACAAGUUCGAAUAGGGAUACAUACAGGUCCCGUAGUGGCAGGCGUGGUCGGAUUGAAGAUGCCUAGAUACUGUUUAUUUGGAGAUACGGUUAACACCGCCUCGCGUUUGGAGUCUAACGGUUUAGCGUUACGGAUACAUGUCAGUCCCACCACGGCCAAUCUUCUGGAACUGAUAGGUGGCUUCACACUGGAAGCCAGAGGAGAGGUACAAAUGAAGGGCAAGGAUCCCAUGCUGACAUUCUGGCUUCAAGGAAAGGACGGGUUCACCAAGCCUCUUCCUGAUCCGACACUUGCCGCCCCCUUAGAAGAACACGAGUUCAAAUAAGACGUUGAGGAGUGCACCAGAUCAAAUAAAACCAAGCACAAAUGAAACACGUUGAAAUGUAUUGUAUAGCACUACGUUGGGGCUCGAAGAAAUUUUGAGAAUUGAAAAUAUAACAUGAGAAAAUUUGAAACCAGAUGUUGUCGCCGUUUUUGUACAAGCAAAGUGCAAGUUGAAACCAAUGAUCCUAUUUGCAGACUGAAGUAGCAGACUUUAUUGUGGUGCACAUGACUAGCAUAAUGCAAUUUAAUUGUAUAUAAUGUUAUCAUAAGUCCAUGAAGAUGUCUGUAUUGCUUCAGAUGGACAAAGGUUUCCACAUCUCAUAAGAAACUAUCGAGAAAACCUACACGCUUGGAUGAAUACGACCCUGUUAUUUAUGAUUUUCAAGUCGAGAAGUACACUAAAAAUUCCUCUCGGGACAAAUUACUUUAAUAAGUGAAACUUUCGGUAACAUGUUAUUAAAAAAGACA